AUGCCAACGUUGAGGGCCAUGGAGCUGAGUCGGCAACUGUGUGUGAAGAUGCGGAGGUCCAGGCGCUCGCAGGCCGCCUCUCCACCCGACACCCCGCCUGGCCUCUACAUCCAGCUGUACACGACCGAGCAGGAGCCCCUCUACUUCAAGGGCAACUGCUACACCGCUGAAGAGCUCUGCGUCGAGGCGGCCAAGAAGUGCUCAAUUUCUCCCUUAUGCUUCAACCUGUUUUCUCUCUGCAACGAGAGCGGCUUGUGGUACCCUCCAAACCACGAGUUUAAGGUCCCAGAUGACACCUGUCUGAAGUUGCAUUAUCGCAUGAGGUUUUACUUUAAAAACUGGCAUGGCACCACAGAAGGUGAGUCUCCGGUGUGGAGACACUGCAUCAGCAAACUCCGUGGCGGGUUGAGCCCGCAAAAGCAAACCCCUGAAGGAACUCCUCUGCUGGACGCUGGUUCGCUGGAAUACCUCUUUGCUCAGGGCCAGCAUGACUUCCACACAGACUUUAUUCCUUUGAGAGUGUCUCACUCAGAUACAGAGCAACAUGAUAUAGAAAAUGAGUGCUUGGGCAUGGCGGUUUUGGCCAUUACUCAUUAUUCUCUGAUUAUGGAAAUACCACUCACAAUGGCUUCGAGAGGAAUGAGUUACAAGAGUUUCAUUCCGGAGUCACUGAACCGCAACAUAAAGCAGCGCAACUUUUUGACCCGAAUCCGGAUCAACAACGUGUUCAAGAAGUUCCUGAGCGAAUUCAGCCAGCGCACGGUCAGGGAAAGCAAGAUCGUUCCUUACGACCUGAAGAUCAAGUACCUGUCCACACUAGAAGGUCUGACCCAGGGGAUGGGCACGGAGCUGCUGGAGCCUCUGUCCGUCUGCAUAAAGCACCAAGGAGAGCUCUGCAACGGCCUGGACCACGGGUACUACAUGAAGAACUACAUCCACACAACUCCACAGCAGAGUCUGGAAGCGAGCCAGGACAUACAGGUGUUAGUCACUGGCACCACUGGGAUCUCCUGGAGGAGGAAGCCUGUCUCUACCCACACUGGAUCCAAGGAAAAAGGAAAGUCUAAGAAGAGCAAGCAAGACGGCAAACAAAAAGUUUACCAAAAGGACAACGGGGGCUGGGAGGUGUUCUGCGAUUUCCAUGAGAUCACGCACACGGUCAUCAAGGAGUCCACUGUCACCAUCAAGAGACAAGACAACAAGAAAAUGGAGUUGCAAAUGGCCUCCCGAGAAGAGGCCCUGUCCUUCGCUGCUCUGGUGGAUGGGUACUUCAGACUCACAGUGGACGCCCAUCACUACCUCUGCAAAGAGGUGGCUCCUUCUUCAGUGGUGCAUGACAUCGAGAAUGGCUGCCAUGGACCCAUUUGUACGGAGUAUGCUAUCCAGAAGCUCCGUCAAGAAGGCAAUGAAGAGGGCGCCUACAUCCUUCGCUGGAGCUGUACCCACUACAACUACAUCAUUAUAACGGUUGUGUGCCGUGAGUUUGAGGGCCAGCCCAUGUGCCAGUAUAAAAACUUUCAGAUCGAGAAGCUGUGCCCCAGUGGUUUCCGUUUGUAUGGGACAGACACAGAGUGCUCCACUCUGAAGGAGCUGCUGGAGCAUCUAGAAGGACAAUACCUGCGAACUGACAACUUACACUUCCAACUGAGCCGCUGCUGCCCGCCUCAGCCAAGAGAGGUUUCCAAUCUGCUGGUGAUCUCCAAGGACCGAGCGCCGCUGCCUUCAGCCUCCACUCAGGAAAGCCAGCUCAGCUUCCAUCGGAUCCUGAAAGAUGAGAUAGUGGAGGGUGACCACUUGGGCCAAGGAACCAAAACCAACAUCUACUUGGGCAGGCUGAAGGUGAAAAGUGAUGAGGACGGGGACAUGGGUUAUUUCCAGGAGAUGAAGGUGGUCCUCAAGGUGCUGGGUGCUGGAGACAGGGACAUGUCUUUGGCCUUCUUUGAAACAGCCAGUAUGAUGCGACAAGUCUCACACAAACAUAUCGUGCUGCUCUACGGCGUUUGUGUCCGAAACCAGGACAAUAUAAUGGUGGAAGAGUUUGUCCAGCAUGGCCCGCUAGAUCAGUUCAUGAAGAUUCACUCACCGCUGAGCACAUCCUGGAAGUUUCAGGUGGCCAAACAGCUCGCCUCUGCGCUCAGCUACUUGGAGGACAAGAAGCUCGUCCAUGGCUUUGUUUGUGCCAAGAACAUCCUGAUGGCCAGAGAGGGACUGGCCAAAGAUGAAGAAGGACCCUUUAUAAAGCUCAGCGACCCGGGGAUCCCCAUCACAGUGCUGUCCAGAGAGGAGUGUGUGCACCGCAUCCCCUGGAUCGCUCCAGAGUGUGUGAAGAACAUGUCGUCUCUGAAUGUAGCGGUGGAUAAGUGGGGCUUUGGGACCACACUGUGGGAGAUCUGCUACGAUGGAGAGGUGCCGCUCAAGGACAAAAGACUGAUCGAGAAGGAGCGCUUUUAUGAAACGGAAUGUCAGCUGGCCACGCCCGACUACAGGGAGCUGGCCACACUCAUGAGCCAGUGCAUGACCUACGAGCCCAAGAAGAGGCCGUUCUUCAGGGCCAUCGUACGGGACCUGGACAUGCUGGAGGAGGAGAACCCAUGCUUCAAACCACUGCCGACAAACAUAGUAGACCCGACUAUAUUUGAAAAACGGUUCCUGAAGAAGAUCCGAGAUCUGGGAGAGGGACACUUUGGGAAGGUGGAGCUGUGCCGGUAUGACCCCCGCGGAGACAAAACCGGUGAACAAGUAGCGGUCAAGUCUUUAAAGCCCGAAAACCGCGGCGAGCAGGGAAACAACCUGUCCACAGAGAUCAACAUCCUAAAGGCUCUGUACCAUGACAACAUCGUGAAAUACAAGGGCAUCUGUCUGGAUGAAAGUGGCCAAGCUAUCAAACUGAUCAUGGAGUAUUUACCGCUGGGAAGUUUGAAGGAGCACCUCCCUAAAAACAAAAGCAAGACAAAACUGGACACGCUGCUGAGCUACGCGACGCAGAUAUGCAUGGGAAUGGACUAUCUGGGCUCUAAGAAUUACAUCCACAGAGAUUUAGCCGCACGUAACGUCCUCAUGGAGAACGAGCGCACGGUCAAGAUCGGAGACUUCGGCCUCACGAAAAGCAUCAAAGACAAUGACGGAUAUUACACCGUGAAGGACGAGAACGAGAGCCCUGUCUUUUGGUACGCUCCGGAAUGUCUGACCCACUGUAAGUUCUACCGCUCGUCGGACGUGUGGUCGUUUGGAGUGACCAUGUUCGAGCUGAUCACCUACUGCGAGUCGCUCAAGAGCCCCAUGAAUCUCUUUCUCAGUAUGAUCGCUCCCUCUCAAGGAGGGAUGACCGUGGUGAAGCUGGUCACCGCACUCAAGGAGGGGAAGAGGCUGCCACGUCCAGACAACUGCCCCGAGCCGGUGUAUGAGCUGAUGCGGCGCUGCUGGGAACAGGCCCCAGAGAAGAGGAUCAGCUUCAAGAGUCUGAUCCAGGAGCUGAGCAGCUUGCAGAAGCAGCCCACAGAGAACCACCACCUCAGCCCCUGA